AUGUCCUGCGGGCUCCUGGGGACCCUCCUGCUCCUCCUGCCAGGAGGUGCCUCGGUGGAGCGGAGAUGGGUCCAGCAAAGCCCGGGGCAGCUCUGGGUGCUCCCCGGAGAGACGGCGGAGCUGAGCUGUCGCGUCUCGGACCACGGCCAGCACGUCAACUGGUACAAGGAGAAGCCGGAUGGCAGUUUUGACUGGAUUUACCGGAGCUCGAAUUACUCCCUUCCGAUGGGAAGAUACUCAGGCAGGAGCAAAGUAUGGCAGCAUUUCUCCCUCGCCAUCAGCGCAGCGCAGAGGGAGGACUCUGGGGUUUAUUACUGCAGCUCCUCCACCUUCUACCCCGUGUUUGGGAACGGGACCAGGCUCGUCGUCACCAAUGCCACCGAGCCCCAGCUCUCCAUCCUGGUGCCUGUCGACGCAGAGGAGCCCGGGCAGCCCCCGGCCGGCAUCCCCCUGCUCUGCCGCCUCCGUGACCUCCCUCCGGGCUGGGACACCGUGCGUUGGCAGCCCGGCGAGGAGGUGACACCGGUGAUGGCGGUGGCCGUGGACAAGCACGGCGUCCUCAGCGCCUGGAGCAUCACCUGGGUCUCGGCCGAGCGGUGGGACGGGGCUGCGGCGUGUACGGCCCUGGAGAGCGGCACAGGCAGGAGCCUCAGCGUCACCGUCAGCAAAGGACCUGGGGAGGAAGGACGGAUCCACGCCGGCGAGGCGCUGAAACGCCGCUCUGCCCAAACCGCCCGCUGCAAAUGA